AUGUCUUCCGUUAUCGUUUCAAAUGUCCCAGAUAAAGUCACGCCAGCUGAACUUAUCAAGUUUUUUUCAUUUGCUGGCCAAGUAACAGACUUGAAUCCAUUGAGCGAAGGCAAGUACCAAGUAUCAUUCAAGGACCCAAAAGCCGUAUCCACAGCAUUGGUUCUCAAUGACGCUGAGUUAGACAAUACAUUCAUUAGAGUCGAUGAAGAUUUAGAGCUUACUGAUGGUGGAACUGGUGUGGCUCCUCAACAAGGCGGCAUUGCUAAGGAAAGACAAGAUGAUAUUCAAGCUACAUUGAACAAUGCAUAUGGUCAAAUUAGACACAAGGACUCAGCUGAUUUGCAUCAAGAAGAUAAACCCAAAUAUGCAGUCUUGGCUGAAAUUUUAUCUCAUGGAUACACGCUUUCUGAUGAUGUUGUUAAAAAGGCAUCUGAGUUGGAUAAAAAAAAUGGCCUUUCUGAAAACUAUCAAAAAUUUAUUAAAUCUUUAAAUGAAAAUAAGGAAAAAUGUCCAGUUAUUAGAGGCGAAGAGAAGAUUGGUAAAGCUUACGAAAAUUCCGAUUUGAAGAAGUAUUUUGAUAAUUUGAGUAAUGAUAUUGCUAAUUCAAAAGGAGGUUUGACUGUUAGUCAAUUUUAUCAAAAAGUUGCCAAUGACGUCAAUGCCAUUCGUGAUCAAGCAAAGAAGUUGGCUAAAGAGAGACAACAAUCAAAAGCUUAA